AUGCUAUCACAGCUAUCAAAUAUAAUCCCCUCUUUCAGGCAUUUCUCGAAGCAGCCAGCAGAACGAACGGUCGAGGUUCCACCAGUCGAGACUCAUAACAUAGAAACAGCGCACGAGAAAUCAGCAAGGAGUUUAAAACAUCUACUCAAGCUGAAUCAUGUGAAAUUUUCUGUCUUGUAUCGGGAGUUAAGCUUUUAUAAUCAUAUACCACAUUUCCUUUCGACGGCAUAUUUGCUUGGUGGGGAUGCUGAGCAUUUAAAUCAGCUGUACGAAUCAGAGUCAAAAGAGCUGGAACCUUGGGUUGAUUCUCCGGGAGAGAUCGGAGACGAUGAUUGGAAAGCGUUUCUGGGAAAGAGAGAGUACCAACGCGCAUGGUUGGACUUUUUUGAGGACGAAGUCGUGCGCUGCGGCUAUGACUGGAAGCAAGUAGCCCAAGAGUACCUAUUCGCAGACACAACCCCUUUAAUCAGUUCUGUGGUUUCUGGUUGCUAUGCCUAUGAAAUAGGUAGUCGAGAGGUAGCCAUGGAAGCCUUGUCAAUGGCUGCGUCGUGUUAUGGCGAUAUUCAUCAGUAUUCGGACGACCCAUCUUAUCGCCACUUCACAUCCACUUAUAAGACAGCAUCUGUCUUUGAGGGUAUUGAUAGACUGCAGAACGAUAAAGCGUUUGAUGAUCUCUUCGAAGGGACAUCGGUUGCCAAUUUUGAUACGUUGUUCAAAUCCUGUGAAACUCCGCUUCUUAACCACUGGGCGGCGUGGGACAUUACCAAUGCAACCGAACAAUUCGAGGAUAUUCAGCAACUGGCAACCGCACUAUUAGUAAAUAGUGCAAGACCUCACAAAUCCUCCUUUGUUUAUCUUCUAACCACUACACAUGCCCUCCGCGUCAUUUUCCCAUUGACUCCUGCUCAGUUUCACAUCCCGUUGCUCAAGCAAUGGUGGCUUCUCGCUUUAGCAGUAUACGUAUCUGAGCUUCGGCCUCAAUUCAAUGCCUCCAGCAUAAACGAAAUUAAGACUUAUGACCUCAAAGGGAGAACCUGGGAUUGGGUCAGCCAAAAUGCAUUGCAGGGAAAGAUGUCCGUGGCCGCGAAUUACGUCCAACCCCUUCGCGCGAUGAGGGAAGCUGAAAGGACACAAUUAAAGGGCUCGCUAGUAAAUCUGACAGCGGUAUGGGGUGGCGGAGCGCGGGGCGGAACGGAGACAAGGGGAAAGUCAAACACCGCCAACAGCGGAGCCCUUCAUGUUUGCCGUGUUUGCAUGUGCCUAGCUGCUUUAGAUUUAGUCCGCGCAACAAGCUUAGAUAAUGUGCCCAGGCAGCUCCUUGCUCAACCAAAGAACAAAACCCCGAAGCUCGGUGGAAAUCAUCUUCGCCAUUCACGGUUAAAAGAUCCUAUUCAUACUAUGACGACACAAAACUUAGCGAAACCGCGGCUGUAUGCUGAACUCUUCCCGAAUAUCUCGCAGAUUACCGUCUAUGUGACACUGCUCGAUUAUCACCCUGCACCAAGUUCUACCGGAACCUCUCAAGCAUUUUUCGAAGUUCUACCCUCUCGAGAAACGCUUUCUUUUUCCUAUCGUGGGCAAAAGCAGGUUCUACGUCUUCCAGGCCGCCUCUCGUCCGAGACGCCACUGAAAUUCUCUCUUCCCCCAAAAUUUGCUAAUGAUAAGCGUACCACUACUACACACGAGAAUGAAUUUCAUUUUCGGUUGCAAGUCGAUGUGACCGAUCCACUUACAACACCUUCAGAUAUUUCCAGCCCGCAACCGCCAUGGUCUGCGAAACAUAUGAAUCCAGACACGCGAAUAGGUUGCCGAAACUGCGGAAAUUAUCUUUUGGAGCCACAAAAGCCGGCCCAGAUUAUAUGGAAAGACUUGCCGAGUGCGAAUUGGGCAGAGUUGAUGGAUUUGUGGCACUGCCAUAAGCCAGACUCUCACGAAGAUGAUAAACAGAGGCACGGCGAUGGUGAUGCAUCUGCUAACAUCGGGAGUGUUGCGGCCAAAGGCUAUGGUGCCGGAAACCAUACCGUUUGCCAGGCUGAUACGGUGCUCGUGGACGCGAUGAAUUUCUAUUUGACCGAGACUAACUGCGUUGGAGUAGAGCCAACGGUACGCUAA